ACGCCUCAUUGGCCAACCGGCACCCAUGGGAUCAGCCCCGUCGUCACUGCGCGCCCAAGGCGACCUGCGCCGUGUGCUCCGGGACUGGGACGUCCUCGACGUUCAUGUCGUCCUGAAAAAAUACCGCCACAUGACCCUGCGCUACUGCGUGACCAUGGAACAGCUCGGGUUCGUCCUCGGGCGCGCACUCCCAGAUCCGUUCGUCUCGCUCUGCUUUCGUGUCUUUGCGCCUGCCAAGGUCCGCGCGUCGCCUGCCGUGCCCGUCGUCGACAUGAUGGAGGUCUUUGUGUGCUUGAUCCUUCUCUGCCAAGCCACGAUGGCGCAGCGGGUGGCCUUCUUGUUCGACGUGGUCGACACGCAGAGCACGGGUCGUCUCUCGCCGCCUAGCCUCUUUUUGCUGCUCCAAGCCGUCGCCCGCAGCAUUAUCAAGCUGACGCAAACAAACAUCGGUGUCGCCGACACUAUCGAAAAGCUCGCGCAGGCUGGGAUGGCGACCGACCCCAAACGCCAAGACAGCGUCGACAAGGCGACGUUUUGCGCGUGGGUUCUCGGGCAUCCUGGUCUCCUCAGCUACCUUGAAGCGUGCACAGGCGAAGCGCGCCCGCGGCUUUACGUAGCGCUCGAAAAAUCGUCGUCGCUCCUCGGCUACAUUGAGUUUGACUCGGUGCACGAGCUGCAUUCGGCCUCCGUGGAUCGCGUCCGGGCCAUGGCAACGGCGCAACUCGGGCACCUCGACGCUGCGUUUGAGUUUCUCAGUCACGGUCGCCCCGUGGCGCGGGCCAAGGAAGGCGACGUGAAAGCCUGGGAGCUCGUGCCGUUUGCUGUCCUCGGGACGCCCGGCCGCCACUGGCAGCGCAACGAGCUCGCAUACAGCGCUGAGACCAAGCGAACGCCGGUAGAGCCCACGAGCGACCCGCACCCGAACCAACAGCGCCCGCUGCUCGCCUUUCAGUUUCAGCACCACCACUACACGCUGCCAUCGUUCACCAAGAAGGUUCGUGACGUCGCGCCCUUGUACAAGCAUCUGCGCCUACGGCUGCAUGCGCCGGACGCGUACGUGUGGCGGCUGUGUCAGUACUGGUGCGGCGACUGGCUCGUGAACCAACGGACGCUGCAGGCCAAAUCCCGCCGCCAGCUCGUGUCUCGGCUGCGCAAGGAAACCAAGCCCCUCGUUAUCCACGGUGGCGCCACAGGCCUCGUCGUCAAGGACACCCAAGGGCUCAUUCUCUCGCACAACCCCAAGCUACCAAGUCUGCAGUCCAAGUUGCGGCUCUUGGCGAUGGAGACGCAGCUCGAGGAGACCGAGGCGUCACCGGCGCCGCACCAUCCACCGACGAUGCUCAUCGAACGUCACGCGCACCCGUCGCGGUAUUACUCGCGUCUCCUGGGCACCGUGCGGACAACUGCAACCACCGGCGAAUGGCACGUCGUCAACGGUCACGCUGCGCACGGUGAUUGGUGCAAGAAGAGCUCGUCGAUCCCGCUUCAGUCGGACCAAAUCCAAGUGUUUCCCUUGCUCUGGCUGCGGCUAGAGACGCCGCCGCCGGUGCCCCGGGUCCUCGACCUCCCCAUUUCGACCACCGAGUGCCCGGUCGAGCUUCUGCGCAUCCUGCUGCCGACACUGCCCGACAAGCGCGUCCUCAACCAACCCGACUGCAUGGGCAGAACGCUCUUGCACUAUGCGGCGCUCUUUGGCCACGCCAAGCUUCUGGACCUCCUCUUAAGUGAGCGGGUGCUCGUCGAUGUGCUCGACAGCCAGCGCAACACUGCCCUUCACUUGGCCGCAAGCUAUGGGCGGCUCAAGGCCGUGAGCCGGCUCCUUGCCCACGGUGCGUCGCCCACGGCGCUCAACGUGCACCACCAGCUACCGUUGCACCUCGCACUCUUGCACGUGGCGACGCAGUAUGACAUCUCCAACGGCAUCUUUGCCCGGUACGAGAACGGUGAACAAGUUGUCGAUCUCUUGUGGGACCGGACGCCGCCGGCGUGGUGGCAUGCACAGGACAUCUACGGACACUCGGUGUAUGCGAUGGAGGAGCGCGUCUUUGGCUCGGUGUUUGAAGCCGCGCGCGCCGGCCUUGUGCCUCGAAUCCAACACCUGCUUGAGAGCAAGAAGAUCCCGCACCUGAACGUGCAGCUCGAGAUUCUGCAGUCCACCGCGCUCCUCGAAGCAACCGAGCGCGGCCGGUACAACGUCGUCGACUACCUCGUGCGGCAGGGCGCCGACGUGUUCAUCGCCAACCAACGGGGUGCCACGGCUCUGCACAAAGCGGCGGCCCGCGGGUUUGACCGGAUCGCCGAGUGCCUUCUCUUCAAGUACCCGCGACUCAUAAACGUGGCCGACGUCAACGGCAAGACUGCGCUGCAUGUGGCGAUCGAGCACGAGAAGACGUCGAUCGCGCUCCUCAUUUGCCAGUACAUGCUUGGCCACGAGCAUCGCACCCGAGACAUCUUUGGGAAUACGCCCUUGCACCUCGCCUGCGUGCUUGGCAACGUCGCGGUGGCGCGUGCCCUCUUGGUCCAGCACGCCGUCGAGACGCAAGCGCACCCGCCUCUUGUCCCGCAAAAGCGUCGGCGUCCGCACCGCCUCGGGCAGUUUCUCAAGCGACCGAUCAACAAUGACAAGACCCCAACUCCGAUCGAGACGCUCUUGCACGGGUGGAAGGUCGCCACAUUUGACGUCGACCCAGCGAUCCUCGAGGCAACGCACCACCGGUACCAUGGCCUUCUGACGGUUCUGCUCGAGCAUAUGAGCAAAAGCGAGGCGACGCCGUUGCUUUUGGCCCAUCUCGCGCUACACAAACUCGCACAUGCGCCGUCGAUGGCGGUGCGCGUCCUGGAGCUUCUCGCGGAGCACAAGCGCUUGGCGCUGGAAACCACCGACGAGGCAGGCAACACGCUUCUCAUGGCCGAGGUGCAGCGGUGUUGCCAGGCGUCGUCGACGUCACUCGCGGUGGUCCGCACGCUCCUCGCGUACGGUGCCAACGUGCACAUUGCGAAUGCUUUGCAUCAGCGCCCGAUCCCAUGUGCUGCGUUCCACGGCCACGAUGCGCUGCUUGAUGUGCUCCUCGAAAGCGUCCCGUUCGACACGCUGCACGCAAGCUGCGCGACCGCCGACUCGGCCCUGCACAUGGCCUGUCUUCGCGGCCACCUCAGCACGGUGCAGCUGCUCUUAUCGCGCGGUGCGACGCUGCAUGCGUGUGUCACGGACGAGUCGCCGCUGUGCUUUGCGGUUCGGUCGGGCUCGAUCGAGCUGGUACAGUACUUGCUGCAGCACGGGGCGGACGUCAAUCUCUGGUUGCCACUGCUGCCAACACGACAGUGGUUUGGGAUGAUGUGGACGUCGCCAGCGGUGGGCCACGGCGGGCCGCUGGCGCUGGCACUGCACGCAGCUCCCGCAUCGUUCCAAGAACACACGUACGACGAGACGAUCGACGAGGCAGCGUCCGAUGGCCUUGCCGCCUCCAUGUACACUACGCACCACGAACAAGCCAUGCGGUACUUGUCGCUGCUCGCAAAGACACGGCGCCAGUGGCAGACGCUGUACGACAUGGCGCUGCUGCUCACGGACAAGCUCAUCCAGAUCGAGCAGACGCUCAAGCUGCACGUGACCGCGGAAGAGAUCACGCGAGCGUGUCAAGUCGGCUUUUGGUCGGUCGCCACCAGCCUCUUGACGCACCGCCGCAUCGAGUUUCCCCGACCGACACUUGGUGCGAUGCACCUCGCGGCCGCCGCGGGCCAAGCCAGUUUGGUGGGCCUCUUGGCGUCGAACGGCGUCGACGUCGACGGCCUCGUCGUCCGCAGUCGCUACGUGAACGCAGCGCCUCUCUACUUUGCCUUUGUGCGCGGGCAACACGUGACGGCCGCCAAACUGUAUCUUCUCGGCGCGUCGACGACCACAACGUCUCGGACAAGGCACGUGCAUCCGAUGCAAUCGCACCUCAAUGGUUGGAUGCAACUGGCGUCGCUUCGAUCCCCGUCGCUACGUUCCCUUGCGGGGGCCUACACCAACAUGGUGCACCACCUCCGCCUGAGCCUCGCAUCGGGCGUGCCUGCUGUGCACAUCGCCUGUCAACGCGGGUGCCUACCGCUGUUGCAAGUGUACCACCGCGCCGGGCUCUCGCUGCAAGACGUUGCUGCGUCGGGGCACACGCCGCUCACGCUGGCGCUUCAACACGAGCAGUAUGACGUUGUGACUUGGCUCGUCGCCACCGUGCCGUCGCUGACGGGACUGCGCGCGCCGCACCUACCGCUUGCGACCGCUGCGCGCCUGCCACAAACGUGCGAUGGCAAAACGUCGCUGCUCACGCUCUUGUUGCAGCCGAUGCCAAAUGAGACGAGUUGCGAGCCGCUUCCGGUGUUGCGCACCCUGCUGCCGUCGUGGUCGGCGCUCCGGGGCGCCACGUUUGACCAUCUUUUGCAAGCGUUUAUUUUGGCGUCGUCGCGCGAGUUAUGGGACGUCGUGUCACACUGCUUGCUUCUACAAGAGGCCAGUGUCGAGCCGUACGCCACGUGGAUUCGUCGGGCCGCGUCCUGCAGCCUUGUGCUCCACCGGGCCGCCGCCGCCAACCAAGUUGCCAUCGUUCAAAAGCUCGUGCAUAGCUUUGGCGUCCCGCCGGACCUUGUCGUCGCCAACAUGCCAUCGCGAACGCCGAUCUGGUACGCCGGUGCCCACAUGGCGCUCGAUGCCUUUGUAGCAUUGGUCUUGGCGCUGCCGCCGACGCAGUCGGUGCUCCCGGCCCUCCAGCUUCAAGCGCGCGCCCGGUCGCUCAACGCCUUUUUAUGGCCGUCGCACUCGGUCGACGCCACAGACGCGCUCCGGGUCGCGGGAUUUGAAACGUGUACGUGGCGCAACCUCUCGGCGUUCUCCAGCUAUGGCACGCGUGCGCUCCAGCACCAACGAACCAUUCACCGCAUUGUCCAGUGCUACGUCGGGCAUGCGCUGGCGCACCCUACCAACGAGACUAACGACACGCUGCUGCACCUUGUGGUGGCGACCCGCGACGAAGCGACGGUCUCGGCACUCGUCGCCGCCGGGGCGCCGCUGGAGACGGUCAACAAUGCCGGCGAGAGCCCGUGGACGCUGGCGGCCAAGCAAAACGAUAUGCAAAGUACGCGCAUCGUACAGAAUAUAUGGCCGCGCCUCACACCGACGCAAAAAGAAGCCGUCGUCAAGGCAUCGACCCAAAGCGUGACUAUCAAUGUAUCAACGCUGGCCUUUUUGUUUCAAGUCGCCGUCCCCAAGGAGCCGAUUCCGGUGCAAUUUAUCAGCUUUGCUGGCCACGCGUACUACACCGCAGCCAUUCGAACCAACAAUGCGGCGGCGAUUCAACUCCUUCUAGCCGUACACGAUGCACCUUCGGUGGCGAUGAGGCUCAUGCGCAGUGUAGGCCAAGGCCCCCGUGGACCAUCGCGAGGUGUGGCCGGCGCUUCAGAGCGCAAUGACAAACUGGAAGCAAGCGAGUCGCGAUAUGGUCGAAGGGCUCUUGCCGCAGCUGCCGCUGUCGACGCCCGUGGACCUUGUCGCGGGCUUCGUUCUCUUCGCCGCUCACGCUCAGUGGUACAACAUUGUACUGCACCUGUUGCAAGCCUUUCAGCUGCCGCUGUUGCGCCAACUGGACUCGACGACUGCGAGUGCAGGCAGCUCGCUACUGCACUACGCCGUGCUGCACGGCCAGGCUACGGUGGUCCAGCGUCUUCUGCAGCAAGGUCCGUCUUGGUUGAUCUGCGUAUUUCGAUGUCAUGUGUUAAGACAGGGGCCGCGCUCGUCCAUGACAAGCGGGGACAGACGCCGCUGCACCUUAUCGCGCACCUUGGCGAUCUCGGUUUGCUGCAGCUCUGGCAACGCGUCGGCCCAACGCAGCUCCAGUCGAUCUUGGAUGCACCAGAUCGGGACGGCAACACAGCGCUUCACAUCGCGGCGAAGCGAGGGCACGUGGUCAUCGUCGAAGCUCUGCAACACGCUGGAUCGUCGGCGGGUACUCUUCGGAACGCCCGAGGCUGGACGCCGGUCUUGGAAGCGGCCAAGGGCAACCAUUUGCCAGUCGUCGUGCGCCUCGUCCUGCAGCAGCCACCACCCGAGACGCUGGUCGCGACCGACGGUAUCUCGGUCGUGCUGAUUGCCGCCGACGGCGGGCACUUCAAGGUCGUGGCGUGGCUUCUCACAACGCUCAAUCUCUCGUCGGCGCACAUUCAGCAGCUGCGCUCAUCGGACGGACGGACCCUCGCGCACUUUGCCGCCCUUUUCAACGCGCUAGACCUCCUGUCCACCACUCCCGCGUGCAUCUCGCUCGUCAACGUCGCCGAUAGCCAUGGCUGUCUCCCGCUGCAUUAUGCGCUCAUGCUGGGGCACCUCGAUGUCGUUGAGCUCCUCGGACAGCACGGCGCCGACGUUCAGAGUCCGAUACAAAACCGCCUCGUCGAGGAGCCCUUUGUGAUUGCAACGCUGCUAUCUUGGAACCCGCUGCCCGGCUGGUUCCGCGCGGCGCUUCACGCCAACGCGACGGCCCCUGUUGUCGAGGUGGCGCUGCUUCGUGCGGCGCCAGCCACCUUGGCGGUCUGGGUGACGCCCAGGACGUCACUGCUCGAAGCAGCUACGCGUCUCGGGAUCGACACCACGGUAGCAACCGUCUUACGGCUCCUUCGGUUCAUUCCGCUGCUCUGCGACGGCGGCCUCGAGACGCGCCAACGCAUCUUCAUGCAGGCCGUGGCCCUCAACCACGUGUCGAUCGUUGACGCUCUCUGCAACUGCGACCUCGUGCACCCGAUUGACAAGACACCGUUCUUCCGGGACUUUAUCGAUGCCGCCAUCCAACACAGUGCGCUACGGGGCCUCGAGGAUAUGACGCUCUGUCUUCUCCGGCACUGGGAGCGGUUCGGGUCGUCCGGAUCCAUCGCAGCAGCGCUCUUGUCGCCGGCCGAGUUUGCCUUUCAGUUUGCGACCGUACUCCAGCAUGCGUGUAUUUUCGGCCGAGCAAGGCUCGUCGAGUACCUCGUGCUCAGAGGCGGCGAGUCGAUCCUCGGGUACCGCGUCGACGAAGGGCCGGCCCUCGUGUACGCCUUUGCCUUUGGGCAACGCGAGGUGAUUGCGCUCUUGCAACGGUACGGCGCCGAAAUCAGUGCCCUCGACGGGUACUUUGCCCCGUCGCUCAAGCUCUGGGUCGAAUACGACGGUGCGCGCGACGAUGCGUCCUCCAAAGCUCAAGCGUUCUCGUAG